GCAGCGCUGGGGUAGGAGCCGUAGGUGCGGGCGCUCCCGCUACUUGCUGGUGCUGCGGGACACGGCGGUGGCGACGGUUCCCCGCGGGGUGACUUCUCUUUUGCUGCCUUCUCGUGGGUAGCGAGCGCAGCCCCACCGCUCGCUUCUCCCCGCACCGCUCUCCUUGUCUUGAGGGAAGGAAAGAAGGAGGGGGGGGGUCGCCUGAGAUUGCAAAAUGGCUGACAGCCGGGACGACGCCUCGGACCAGCUGAAGCUGUGGCGGAGCCAGCGGGGCUCGCAGAAACCAGAUGUCUUGACCACCGGUGCUGGGAACCCAGUAGGGGAUAAGCUCAAUGUUAUGACGGUGGGGCCACGUGGACCUCUUCUUGUCCAAGAUGUUGUUUUCACUGAUGAGAUGGCUCAUUUUGACAGAGAGAGGAUUCCUGAAAGAGUUGUGCAUGCAAAAGGGGCAGGAGCUUUUGGCUAUUUUGAAGUCACGCAUGACAUUACCCAGUAUUGUAAGGCCAAAGUGUUUGAACACAUUGGAAAAAGAACUCCGAUUGCGAUACGAUUCUCCACGGUUGCUGGAGAAUCUGGCUCAGCUGAUACAGUGCGUGACCCUCGAGGCUUUGCAAUGAAAUUCUAUACGGAAGAGGGUAACUGGGAUCUUGUGGGGAAUAAUACCCCCAUCUUCUUUAUUCGGGAUGCAAUGUUGUUUCCAUCCUUCAUCCAUAGCCAAAAGAGGAACCCUCAGACUCAUUUGAGGGAUCCUGACAUGAUGUGGGACUUCUGGAGUCUUCGCCCUGAGUCUUUGCAUCAAGUGUCUUUCUUGUUCAGUGAUCGUGGCAUUCCUGAUGGCUAUCGCCAUAUGAAUGGAUAUGGAUCCCAUACUUUUAAACUGGUGAAUGCUAGUGGAAGAGCAGUUUAUUGCAAAUUCCAUGUGAAGACUGACCAGGGCAUCAAAAAUCUUCCUGUUGAAGAAGCAGCAAGAUUGGCUUCUACUGAUCCCGAUUAUGGAAUCCGUGAUCUUUACAAUGCCAUUGCCACGGGGGACUAUCCAUCCUGGUCUUUCUACAUUCAAGUUAUGACAUUUGAAGAAGCAGAGAAGUUUCCAUUUAAUCCUUUUGAUUUAACUAAGAUUUGGCCUCAUGGUGACUACCCCCUCAUCCCUGUGGGAAAGCUUGUCUUGAACAGGAAUCCUGUCAAUUACUUUGCAGAGGUGGAACAGAUGGCCUAUGAUCCCAGCAACAUGCCUCCUGGCAUUGAACCUAGCCCUGAUAAAAUGCUGCAGGGUCGUCUCUUUUCGUACCCUGACACUCACAGACACCGUCUGGGACCCAACUACCUACAAAUUCCUGUGAACUGCCCCUUCAGAACUCGUGUGGCCAAUUACCAGAGGGAUGGACCCAUGUGUGUUACUGACAACCAAGGUGGUGCCCCAAACUAUUAUCCAAAUAGUUUUACUGGUCCUGAAGAUCAGCCCGUGUUAAAGGAAUGCCGCAUGUACGUUUCGGGAGAUGUGCAGCGCUUCAAUAGUGCCAACGAAGAUAAUGUGACUCAAGUGCGAGAAUUCUAUACCAAAGUGCUGAAGGAGGAUGAACGCCAAAGGCUGUGCAAAAAUAUUGCUGAUCAUCUUAAAGACGCACAACUCUUCAUUCAGAAGAGAGCUGUGAAAAACUUCACUGAUGUCCAUCCUGACUAUGGUGCCCGAAUUCAGGCUUUGCUGGACAAAUAUAAUGCUGACAGUGGGAAAAAGGAUGUGAUUCGGACAUAUACACAGUCCACAUCUCGUAUGUCUGCCAAAGAAAGAUCCAACCUGUAAAGCGUGCUGCAGAGAUUGACUCGAUGAAUUUUCCGUCCUUACAACUGCAGGACAACCUGUGGAAGGUGUUAAUGAAUGUAGCAGAGUUCUGCACAAAGCUAGAAGUGUUUUACAGGCUUGAUUUGCUAAGCUUUCAAGUACCUGUACCUGUAUUGGAAACUAGGUAACACAAACUAACAGUCCUAGUGCCUUUCAACACUAGUGCUUUACUGCUUGUUGACAACACGUUGUGCUUUUAAGGAAAUUAAUGAUUAAAAAUUGUCAUCAUUUCUAGAAGCAAAUACAAAUUUAAUCAAAAUAAUGUUUUUUUUUUUUAUUGUAAAACUUUUCUGGCUAAAUCACAGAGUAGAACUCCUAUAUUGACACUGAUUAUCCUUACAGAUCAACUUGUUCAUAUUAAAAAGUUGAAGUUGCUCGAUAUUUCGAAUAAAAUAGUUACCUCUUUGUAGAGAGUUUCUUUGAAUUUCACUUUUGGCCAUCCAGAGUUUAAAAUGAUGUGCAGUAGUUUGAGUAAAAUGUUGGUUAUGUCUCUUUCUGUAUGACUGAAAUGAAGCUAACUAGAAAGUUUAAUCUCAAUAUAUGUAAAUUUUAUUCCCAAUAUAUAUUUUAAGAAAAAUCUUUGCCUACUAAUGCUAGGUUGGGAUAUAACUUACCUAAGGGAGACAGGAAAGGAUAUUUCCUUAUUACAUACACUUUGCAACUAAAUCAAUUACAUUUUACAGGUCUUUAGGGGGGAGAAAAUUGUUCUUUUAAUCUGUAAGAAUUUAAAUGAAAAAAAAAAAUUAAUUUUCUGAGAAAUUAACCUCCAAAGCAUGAAUGUUUAUAUCUUGGCCAAACUCAAUCUUGAGCUCUUUCAAAAUUGUUUGCAGUGGUUCCUGAAAUUCUGCUAUUUUACUGCUGUAGUCUGGUUACAUUAUCUAUUGAUCAAGCCAGAGCUGGUUUUCAGAGUUAGACUUUAAUUGACGUGGCAUGUUUGAAUGUGGGUUCCUAUAGCCAGAUAUAUCUAUAAACCCUGAUUUUAGGCAUUCUGUAAUGUUGCCUGGUAUUUGCAAUUUACUUAAUCAGUGCAAAAGAUCUUGGAACCCUUUGGAUAGAAAGGUGUUCCCUAUUAUUAUUCCUUAGAUCCAGAGGAGUUUCUUUAGCUCAGUAAUACUUUUUUCAUCUUCGGUCUUGGAGUAUAAUCUUUAAUCAGGCUUUACUCAUUGGCACAAAAUGAAAGUGUUUAUAUUUGAGAACUUAGAGCAAUAGUUAAAUGAUAAUUAUGGAAUUUCUGGGCUUAAUGUUUGUUGAAUGUGAGAAGUGGCCACCUAAGAAAGUAUGUUGUCACCAUCUGGAUGUUUUAUUAUACAAGGACACAACAAAACCAAGACUAAUGGCUAAUAUCCCACCUGGUAUUUUUUCUUAGAUAAUUAUUUGCAAUGUGCUACCUGGUUAUGGAGUAAUUGGUGUCCAAGCUGACUAUUUGGAGCUUGGAAUAAAAUCUAUCAUAUCUGUUGGACAUUGAAGUUAGUCCCAACAGACCAAAAGAUCUUCACGAAUGUGCUCAGUAGGACCAGGCAAUUCACCGUGCAUCUGGAGUCCUGGCAAGUUCUAAUAACUGCUUUGCCUCUUACUUCUUUCUCUUUUCUUGCCAAAGAGAAAGAUCAGUGUGUAUGUGUAAUUAGUCCAGACCCUGAUUGUGCAGCAUUACCCCUUGUUUGAAUUAAUUGCUUUCCUUUUUUUCCUGCUGAUACUGCCUCACUAGCAUUUGGAUUGGAAAAAAGCAUGAAGAUACAAAGGAUUUCAGAGCCCAGCCUCUGGCUCUAAAGCAAAUAUUAUGCAAAUUUCAAAUCAUAGCAGGGUGGUUUUUUUUUUCAAUAUUCAGUGAGUUUCUGGGUCUGUCUUGAGUUGCGUUUUGAAUAGUACUUCUUGGUUUGGCCUUUAUGUGUGAACUGGCAUUUCAAGAAGUGAUGGCAGAUAAAGAAGAGUAGAUGUUAAGUGCUGUUCCAUUAAAUUGUAAGAAUCUGCUUCUUCAACUCAUUUAUCAACUAACCUAUUGUGAAAAAUUAACUGUGAUACAGAUGCAGUAAAAUAAUAGGAACUGAGAGCCUGCUCUGUCCUGGAAUUCAGUUGGAUUUUCACCCUAUCAGGCAGGUGGGAGCUGAAGGAGCUUUACAAAUGGGUGGGGAUAUUUUUUGCUGGAACACAGAAUCCUACUGACUUUGGAAAAGACUAACCAGGGCUUAAUCUUCAAUUUUGGUUGUAUCUGCUAAAUGAAUUAUAUUGUCUUCCUCUUAUUUCUGAAAUAAAACUGAAUUUAGAAAUC